AUGCUCCUAAAAACCUUUGGUUUAGUGCUCGGCUGUCUCCUGUGUACUUUUAUUACAAAAUGUUCUGGAGUAAAGUUAGUGAAUAAUGGAUAUAGAGACAUUGUUAUCGCUAUUAAUCCUGAUGUUUUUGAUGAAAAUCUUAUUGAGAGCAUUAAGGAAAUGGUGCUUGAAGCUUCCACCUACCUACACCGGGCUACCAAACAACAACUUUAUUUUUCAGAGGUAAAAAUUCUGUUGCCUUUUACCUGGACAGUUAAUUCCAGCUUGGUUCAAAGAUCAACGACUCAAUCUUAUGCAAAGGCGGAUGUGAUCAUUGCUGAACAAUAUCUUAAACAUGGAGACACCCCAUACACCUUGCAAUAUGGUGGAUGUGGGGAGAAGGGCCGGUACAUUCACUUCACCCCGAAUUUCAUUCUAAAUGACAGUCUGGCUUCAGCUUAUGGCCCAAGAGGUCAAGUUUUUGUUCAUGAAUGGGCCCAUCUUCAAUGGGGAGUAUUUGAUGAAUAUAAUGAUCUGGCACCCUUUUAUAUAAAUAGCGAUGGGAUUGCUGAAGCAACAAGAUGCUCAAAAGAAAUAAAAGGAAAGACAGUUGAUUGUACAGACACUUCCUGUACACCUUGCAACAUUGAUGCCAACACCAGGCUGCCUAAUGGCAAUUGUAAAUUCUUCCCGGAGAAGGAUCAGAGUUCAUCAUCUUCAAUAAUGUAUGUACAAGGACUCCCAAAUGUGGGUGAAUUCUGUGAUGAUAAGACCCACAAUACUGAAGCACCCAACAUGCAGAACAGAAUGUGCAAUUACAGGAGCACUUGGGAUGUGAUCAGCAAGUCGGAAGAUUUCAGAAACAUUUCCUCACCCCACACUGGUUCAGUCAUCCCAACAUUCACACUUCUACAGGCCAAGAACCGUGUUGUUUGCUUAGUCCUUGAUGUCUCAGAAAGCAUGGGGUUGGAGAAUCGUAUUAAUAAGCUCCGACAAGCAGCCAAAAUAUUCUUACUGCAGAUUAUUGAAGAAGGAUCUCAUGUUGGAAUUGUUACUUUUCAUUCUAUUGCAUCUACUGUCUCAAAACUGAAAUUGAUAGCUGGAGAUAAUGCAAGGGAUGAACUUGUACAACUGCUGCCCACAUCAGCCAGUGGGGGAAUAAAUGUCUGUGCAGGGAUUUUAUCUGGUUUAGAGGUACUUCGUGCAGACGAUGGUGCUGCAAUUGGAGAUGAAAUCAUAUUACUGGUUCUUGGUGAGGACAGUGGAAUAAGUGGUUGCUUUGCAGAAGUGGAGCAAAGUGGAGCUAUAAUCCACACCAUAGCGACAGGGACAAAUGCAGCCGAAGAAUUAGAGCAGCUCUCCGUUAUGACAGGAGGGUUACAGUUUCUGGCUGCUUGUAGUUUGAGUACAAGUGGAUUAAUUGAUGCAUUCAGUGGAUUAGUAUCAGCAAAUGGUGACAUUAACCAACAGUCAAUCCAGCUUGAAAAUUCAGGAACAAGAAUUGGCAAGGACACAUGGUUCAAUGGCACAGUUGUUAUUGAUAAGACUAUUGGGAACGACACUUUUUUUGUGGUAACUUGGGAGGUACAGACUCCUGAUGUGUUUGUACAUGACCCCAGUGGAAAAAUAUACAACAACCAUGACUUCACGAUAGAUCAAACAGAUCACACAGCCUACCUUAAGAUUCAGGGCACUGCACAGACUGGAACUUGGAUCUACAGAAUCCUGAAUCCUGGAAUGAAGCAGAUUGUAACAAUCACCGUAACAUCACGAGCAGCAGAUGCAGAAGUUCCCCCAGUCAAUGUCAAUGCACACAUCAGCCAAAGGGAUUCCACUAGCCCAAUGAUUAUCUAUGUGGAAAUUACUCAAGGAUUUCUACCAGUCCUGUAUGCCAAUGUGACAGCUAUUAUUGAACGUCCCAGUGGUCCUCCAAUUGAACAGGAGCUUUAUGAUGAUGGCUUAGGUGCUGAUAUUAUCAGGAAUGAUGGUGUUUAUUCCAAGUACUUCCUCAGAUUUAAUGGAGCUGGAAGAUACAGUGUUAAAGUGCAUGUACAGGGAAAGGAAAGGAUCACACGAAUGGCAGUCAGAAGAGGAGGACGUGCCCUGACCACAUCACAAUACACAGAAAAUGGGAAUAUUCAAAGCCAUUCAGCAAAGCUUCCAGUUAAGGAAGAGGAUCUUGUGGCUCUAUUCGAAGGCUUCAGCAGGGUCAAGUCAGGAGAAGCAAUUUCACUUCCCUCAGAAACACUCACUGUUGACUUCCCACCAUGUAAAAUCACAGACCUUCAAGCUACGAUUGUUAAGAAUAAAGUGGAACUGGAAUGGACAGCACCAGGAGGAGAUUAUGAUCAAGGAAAAGCAUCUCGCUAUGAAAUGAGGAUGAGCGACAAUCUACUGCAGCUACGGAAUAAUUUCUUCAGUGCUACUCUGGUUAAUUUGGCCAGUUUGAAACCACGACCAUAUGGGUCCAGAGAAACAGCAACAAUUGUUCCUGAAAAUACAGAACUGCAAAAUGGGGCAACUCUCUAUUUUGCUGUCUGUGCAUAUGAUGAAAAUGAUCUGUUUUCUGAAAUGUCAAAUGUGGCCAAGGCUUCUGCCUUCCUACCUUUAAGUGAGCAUCCAAAUGAUGUUAAUAUAUCAGUGAUAGUUUCAAUAAUAGCCAUUGUUGUAUUUAUUGUAUGCUUGAUUGCUUUGAUCACCAAUUGUGUUCUGAACAGCUUAAGCCAAAAGAGAAUCUUUGCAGAUGAGGAGUAA